CCUUAUGCGCAUGUGCAUAGAACUACUGGCGUUUAGCUGUAAACAGUGUCGUGGAGAAUCGUAUAUGAUUCUAACGGUGUGUGGUAAAAUGUGUGAAAUGCAAAAGCUGAGGGCGUCGGUGGAGCAGAUACUGACUGCGGCUGCUGAGGAGAUAUUUGGAAUAUUUCAAAGAAGCAUUGCAGAGAUUGAGGAGAAACUCAGUGAUUCCCUAAAGCACAAUAAAAGAAACCAGAGACUACCGGACACUGUGUACAAAACAGACAUUCUGAUUCCCCCAGAGCAGCAGGGACGUAGCCCCCAUGUGGACCAGGAGGAACCAGAGCCCCCCCACAUUAAAGAGGAACAGGAGGAUGAGUGGAUCAGUCAGGAGGGAGAGCAGACAAUGAAGCUUCUACUACUGUCAGAGUGUCCCACACUCAACCAAAAGCUGUGGAUGGUGAAAGAAGAGCUCCCCCUGGAGCAGCAGGAGAGGAGCCCCAGUCUGGACCAGGUGGACCCAGAGCCUCCCCUCACCAAGGAAGAGGAGAACCUGUGGACCAAUCAGGAGGGAGAACAGCUUCAAGGGCUAGAGGAGGCUGAUAUCACUAAGUUCCCAUCCACUCCACCUCAUGUGAAGAGUGAAUAUGAUGAAGACAAAGCUCAGUCCUCACACCUUCAUCAAAGUCAAACUCGGGAGGACACAGAGGAACCAGAAGACGGAGACGACUAUGGAGAAUCAGAACCAGACAGCAUCCAGAAUAAUGUCUUCCCUAUAAGUGAUGUGGCAUGUCAAACAACACAUCAUCAAUCCACCGAGGAUGAUAAAACAUACAUUCGGAUUCCCCCAGAGCAGCAGGGACGUAGCCCCCAUGUGGACCAGGAGGAACCAGAGCCCCCCCACAUUAAAGAGGAAAAGGAGGAAGAGCAGACAAUGAAGCUUCUUCUACUAUCAGAGUGUCCUGCAGCCAUCCAAAAGCUGUGGAUGGUGAAAGAAGAGCUCCCCCUGGAGCAGCAGGACAGGAGCCCCAGUCUGGACCAGGUGGACCCAGAGCCUCCCCAUACCAAGGAAGAGGAGAACCUGUGGACCAAUCAGGAGGGAGAACAGCUUCAAGGGCUAGAGGAGGCUGAUAUCACUAAGUUCCCAUCCACUCCACCUCGUGUGAAGAGUGAAUAUGAUGAAGAUAAAGCUCAGUCCUCACAGCUUCAUCAAAGUCAAACUGAGGAGAACACAGAGGAACCAGAAGACGGAGAUUACUAUGGAGAAUCAGGACCAGACAGCAUCCAAAAUAAUGACUUCCUUACAAGUGAUGUGGCGUGUCAAACAACACAACAUCAAUGCACCAAGGAUGAUAAAACAUGUCUAUACUUUAAUUCUACUCCACCUCAGAGGUAAAUACUUGACUUUUCUCCACUUAAUUUGUGUCCUUUUCAGAAUACAGUAUUUCAUACUCUUUAUGUUUAGUGUGAAUCACAUAUCUUAAAAAGUGUUUUGGAUUUGUUCUCAUGAGCAGAAGUGAUCCUUUAUGGAUUGAGGUCAAAAUUCUUCUUGUCCAAACUCUCCUGCAUCAGCUGGAACAUACAGUACAGUACUGCUUUGUUCUGCUCGUAGUCAUGCACCGUUCCAGCCAAGAGACAAAAAAAGAGUAAAUCUAU